GAUUAGACCUUCAAUUUGUGAAUAAUGUACUGGACAAAAAGUUUUCAACUUUACAUCUGACCUAUUACAACCAUAUCAUCAUUUGAAGUUUGAAUACAUGUAAUUCCAAACCUUUUAUUUGCAGGUAAAACGUCCAUCCUAUCACACAAAGCCCAACAGUGAGGAUGGCAUCUAAUGUUACAGUUCAAUCAGUGUUGGAGAAGAUUAGUGUGGAUCAUCUGGAAUGCUCCAUCUGCACCAACCGUUUCAGGAAGCCCAAACUGCUGGACUGUUUGCAUAGUUUUUGCCUGCAAUGCCUCCAAGAGCUCAGACAGAGCCAAGAUCCUAGUGGUACAAAGCUGACAUGUCCUCUGUGCAGACAAGAAACCAUGUUGAAAGGGUCUGGGGUUGCUGAUCUCCCUAAUAACUUUGCAUUCAGUGCCCUGGUGGAGGAAGUUACAAUGCAGGAAAAGCUACUGGAAGGUCAAGGGUCAGAGAUCAAAUGUCAAGCCUGUGAUGAGGAGAAUCAGGCAAUUUCAAGAUGCAUGGACUGUGAUCAUUUCCUGUGUCAAGAAUGUCAAAAGGCUCAUGAACGUCUAACCCUAAUGAAAUCUCACAAAAUCUACACACUGGCUCAACUCCGAUCAGGAGAGAUUGUCUACAAGAGUAAACUCAGAGAUGAAGUUCCCAAAUGUGGCAAGCAUCCAGACCAGAAUCUCAAUGUCUACUGUAAUACAUGUGAGCAAGUCAUAUGUCUCAUGUGUACUGUUCUAGAUCAUGAAAAAUCAAAACACUCUUUUAUUGGCUUACCUGAGGCUUUUGAGAAAUGUAAGAAAAAGGUAGAAGAACUUGUUGCAAAAGUUGGUAAAAGCAAAACAGAACUGAACACCACCAUAGAGAAGACUUGCAUAUCUCUCAAGAAACUUGACAUCAUGUUUGCAAACACCAAAAAGAAAAUCUCAGAAAAAGCUGACCAAAAGGUUGCCAAGAUCCGACAGGAGGAGCAGAAACUGAUAACGAAGACUGACAGGAUUUACCAAGAAAGAGUUACAACAUUUGAAGCUGCUCAAGCCAAUAACAGCAAAGAGGUGACACAGACAGAGCACAAGCUGGAGGAGGUCAAACAACUCAUGAAUCAAGCAAGUUGCUAUGAGAUUCUGGAACUUCAGCAGAAGCUUUUGCAUAACCUCAGUGAAUUGACAGGGAAACAGCCAAAGCAAGUUUCUGACCAGUUGACCUUCAUGGAUUUUGAAGAAGAUGAGAGGUCACUUGGGAGACUCAUUCUGGAAGAAGAGCCAAAGGCUGCAGCAAAGCAAUCACCAAGACCUAGAAGAUCACGUGUGAUGGAGAAAUGGAAACUGAAGACUGAAGUCAAGAACUUUGAAUUAACAAAUGCAUUGAUAGCACAUGUUACAGCACUCUCUAACAAUAAACUACUGGCACUCUCUGAACCAAAAUUCUUGUUUGAAAAUACCAGUAUUCCUGCCAUCUUUACAGUCUCAUUGCCCAACAGUCAACCUGAGCCAUCUCCUAUACCACAAAUGCUGCAAAUAAAUGGCCUCAGUGAUGAUGUAAGGUGCAUUGCAGUCAGCAAGGAUGACCAGCUCCUUGUUCUAGAUGGUCCAGUGGUCAAGGUCUUCAACAAGCAACAUCAGCUCCUCCAUCAGUUCACACCAGGUAGA